GCUCUUGCCAAAGACAAGCUUGAUACUUGCAUGAAGGCACAAAAAGAAAAAGUCAGAAUUCAUUUAGAUGAGUGUGAGCAAAUUCUUCAAGUAAUUUUGAAAAGUUCGCGUAAACGCGUUGGAAAUAAUGAAACAUGUAUAAAUCAAUAUGAUAUCCGAGAUCAUUCUGAUUCAUACCCUUCUUGUGGAACGUCAUGGCCUUAUGAUCUUAAAACUGUUUCCGCAUACUUACGGCGUUCUGACGUUAUCGGAGCAAUUCAUGCUAGCGCUCAACAAAUCGGCUGGACAGAAUGUAAUAGUGGAGUAGGUCAUGGCUUUGAUAAUGAUCCAAGUCCACCUGCUGUUCAGGAUCUUACUGAAAAUCACUGGUUUGUCAAUGAUAAACUUGUUGGACAUAUGCUGUCAGAAAGAAAUCUUACAUAUAUGGUAGUUCACAACGCUAGUCAUAUGGUACCUUAUGAUGAACCUGGAGUUAGUAUGUCCAUGAUGUAUUGGUUUAUUGGAAUAGAUAAACAUAUUGAAACAAAAUAUUCGUCCAAGUUCAAGUUGGGUUCCGACACCACAACUCCAACUUCGAACCCAAAUGGCACGAUUUAUAAUGGUGAAGAUAGUGAAAUAUUGAAUCGAUAUUACAAUGCGACCGAACUUGUUAUUGAGACUCCGCUAAAUUCAGAGGAUAUCGACCAUUUUGGAGAUAGUGAUGAAGAAGACAAUCAUGAUCAUGAUCGGUCACCUCUCACUUCUCGAGCACGCAGCGAUCAAAACAAUUGA